CUACUCAUAACACUGCAGAGUGUGCAGAGUUUAUGAGUUUAUGGUUGGAUUGUUUGAGGUUAUGGAUAUGUGACCGCUCCACUCGUUCCCAUUGUGUUUUCAUGUUUCAAUAUCCUGCUUUCAGUUCGGGGGAGUCUGUAUCCUGGCUGGUGAGCGAAUCCUUGUCAAUAACCCCCCCUUGGCAUUGAUGGUGGGAACCAGCUCCUGAGCUCAGGAGGGGACUGUAUAUAAACCCUGAGUCUGGGCUGUACCAGGCACAACCAAACCAGGAGACAAGCCUCACAGCCUCCCAUCGCCACCAUGAGAACCCUAGCCUUCUGUCUGAUCCUUGUGAUGGGCUCCAGCGAAGCGCUGGACUGCCAGUUUGUGGACGGCUCACUGAAGCAGGUGGACGCUGGGCUGGGGCUGGUUUUCGGGGUGAACGACGCGGGCGCGGUCUUCAUGAGAUUCGGGAACAAGUGGGUGCUGAUGGAGGGAAACCUGAGGCAUGUGACCGUGGGUCCGGCUGGACUGUGGGGGGUCAACGAGGAUUUCCACAUCUUCAAGAUGGUCGCCGGGAAAUGGGAGAGAGUGGAGGGUCUCCUGAAACAGAUUGACGCUGGGGGUGACCAGCUGAUCGGAGGUGUAAACAAUGAGAGUGCAGGAUUCUGUCUGAACCAGCAGGGGGCGGCGCUGGUGCUCGGGGGAGGGGCCCAUGUCCCCUGGGUCUCUCUCGCUGAUGACCUGGUGUACUACUCCUGCGGCCCCCAGUCCUGCUGGGGAGUGACCUCCAAGAACGCAGUGCUGGUCCGCAAGGGGGUGACCCCGAACAAGUGCCAGGGCUCGGACUGGGAGCCGGUCCCAGACUUCCCCAUGGUCCUGGUGGAGGUGGGAUCGGACGGGAUCGUGUUCGGCAUUAACGGCACCGGGGAGGUCUUCCGCAGGGCUGGGAUCACCGACAGCAACCCGUCGGGCUCCCAGUGGACUCACCAGUACGUCUGCGGCAACAUGAGGCAUGCCAGCUACGACCUGGGAGUGCUGUGGCUGAUCACAAUGGAUCAGAAGAUCGUGAGCUGCAUCCUCUAGAGCUCCCCCUAGAGGCUCCCCGCCGCCACUGCGCUCCCGCAGCCUGCCAGCGGGAACUUCAAUCGACACCUGCAUUCCAAUGAUUGAUUCUGUUGAUUGAUUGUAUUGAUUGGAUCGAUGCUUACGUAUUAACACAGAGAUAAAUGCAUUGCUACUAUUCUAUACAGCAUUAGCUAAUAGUAAUUUUUUUUUUGCUCAGCCAGAUUCUCUGGCACAGGCUUCCUGAAGAUACAGUAUACGAUCAUUUAGUGGCAGUGAUAAAACAGUGAUAGAAACACACAGCGUACUGCAAUGUAAUGUAUUGUAAUGGGUAUCCUGCUAGCGGCUGGUGAGCUAAUAACGCUAAGGCAGGCACUUGAUUCUUGACUACAGGGCUUGCUUUGUAGUUGAAUGGUAAAACAUUUGUGUUCAUAGUUUGUUUCCAAUACUUUCCAGUCAAUUUAGCCAGCUCAAAUGCCAAACCAUUGCAAUACAUGUAAUAUAAAUACAACAUUAUAUAUAUAUAUAUAUAUAUAUAUAUAUAUAUAUAAUCUCACACCAGUCCCUAACAAUAAUAAUAAUAAUAAUAAUAAUAAUAAUAAUAAUAAUAAUAAUAAUAACACCAAGCUACUCUUACCGUUACUGUAUUUAUAGUCACUAUUACUUCCUCUAAACCUCUAUGUGCCUUUGUGUCCCUGUUUAAUAAAAGCUAUUAUUCACACGUGCUGUUCUUUGGCUCAGUCUGUUGAUUCAUGAGAAUAAGGGAGCACCCUUUGAUAAGAGUGAGGUGUUGGUUUGGAGUUAAGCCAAUGCACAUAUUGUUACAAGGGAUGACACAUUUGCCUGG